AUGGCUGCAUCUUAUCCACAGCUUGUUCUGCUAGGUGACUCGCUAUUGCAGCAGUCUGUUAACACUCAGGAUGGGUUUUCGAUGCAGGCAGAACUCCAGUCGCUAUUCAUUCGAAGAUUGGACGUUGUGAACCGUGGCUUUUCGGGCUGGACUACUGCAAAUGUUGUCAAGUAUCUCUCUGAUAUUUUUCCAGAACCAACAGCUGCGUCUCCAAAGAUUAAGUAUUUGGUCGUUCUGUUGGGGGCCAAUGAUGCCGCGCUACCCCUUCCAACCACAUCACAGCACAUCCCCAUUGAUCAAUACAAACAAAACUUGAUCAAGAUCAUUAACCAUCCGAGCAUUAAAGCGCAAAACCCAAAGAUCCUCUUGGUAACUCCUCCUCCACUGAAUGAGAUCAAGUUGAAACAGGUCGACAUGAGAUGCGGCCACUCUCGAGCGACUCGGUCAUCAGCCACAACAGCCUCAUACGCAGAAAAAGCACGAGAAGUUGCCCGAGAGAACCCAGGCGUCGUACUAGUCGACCUGUGGCAAGCCCUCAUGGACAAGGCUAUCAGCAUGACACCACAGGAUUACACAAAAGGCGGACCCUGGUUGGGCUCUCCUGAGAACGGCAAGCAGGGUGGUUUAGAGAUCCUUCUUCCAGACGGCCUUCAUAUGAAUUGCGAGGCAUAUAAGGUACUUUACGAGCAACUGAAAUGCCGAAUUGGAGAGGAAUGGGACCCUCAGGACCGUACUAAUAAAACUGGAUAUGUUUUCCCUGACUGGACGGUGCUGAACCCUCUCGAGAAAUAG